AGCACGGUUUCGCGGCGCGUUUCAUUCAUUGCGUUCCAGUUGCUGCGCUCGGUUGUGUGUGCGCUCCGGUGUGUGUGUGUCCGCUAGUAGAGAAGUGUUUGUGCUGGAAAUCUUCACACGCCGCGAGAGAGCUUUCGGUGCAUUAGAGCCGCGAGAAAGAGUGAGCGAGAGAGCGCGAUCGAUCGCGCACAGUCAAAAGACCUAAACGAGAGGGAUCGCUGUGUGCGAAGCGUAGCAGUAGCAGCAGCGAGAGUGCCUGCAUACCUGUGUUCGCCGUUACUGUCUUUCACACAACGCGUUGGAUUUUGCAGUUCAAUUUGUCGUCUCGUGCGUGUGCCCGUGAAUUGUGCAAUCAAUUAAAGUGCGUGUGUGUGUUAAAUUUUACCACUAAAGAACCUCUCCCCGGGUGACGUGUUCAAUAUAUUCGUGCUCGCUGCUUUCCUCAACCGUUCGCUGUUGCGUGCGUCGCUCCCCUCCCGCAGGUACGAUCAUCUUCUCUUCGGUGCCCCCAUUUCGUGUGUGCGUGCGCUUGUGUGCCCGUGUGCCCGUGUGUGUGGUGCGUCUACGCGUCCGUGUGUACUUUGCAGAGGCAAUCCAUCAUUACUUUAAGCGCUCCCCACGCGUACUUCGCACCGUACCUCUCAUCCAAGCAUGCGAAAGCCAAGAAGCAACCUGUCGACAAUGGCUGGGCUGGGCGUCGUCUUGCUGGUAGGCAUCAUCGGCGGUCUAGUCGGCCCUGCCAGUGCCCAGCGAACGCCUACCAUCUCCUACAUCACGCAGGAGCAGAUCAAGGACAUUGGCGGUACGGUCGAGCUGGAAUGUUCGGUCCUGUACGCCAGCGACUACUCCGUCCACUGGGUGAAGACCAGCAACGAUCGGUCGGACACGGUCUUCCUGUCCACGGGCAGUUCGCUCGUGCUGAAGGAUUCGCGCUUCUCGCUCCGCUACGACCUGUCCUCCACGUCGUACACGCUGCAGAUUAAGGACAUACAGGAGACGGACGCCGGCAUCUACCAGUGUCAGGUGGUGCUGUCCGUUACGAACAAGAUCUCCGCCGAGGUGGCACUGAACGUCCGCCGGCCACCGAUCAUCUCCGACAACUCCACCCAAUCGCUGGUCGUGUCCGAGGGCCAACCCGCCCAGAUGGAGUGCUACGCGUCCGGGUACCCGGUGCCACAGAUUACCUGGCGUCGCGAAAACAACGCCAUCCUACCGACAGGUGGUGCAACAUACUCGGGCAAUGUACUAAACAUCCACUCGGUGCACAAGGAGGACCGCGGCACCUACUACUGCGUGGCGGACAACGGUGUCAGCCGGGGCGACAGGCGUAACGUGAAUCUGGAGGUGGAGUUUGCGCCGGUCGUGACCGUGCCGAGACCGCGCGUCGAGCAGGCCCUGCAGUACGAUAUGGAUCUGGAGUGCCACAUCGAGGCGUACCCGCCGCCCGCCAUCCGCUGGCUGAAGGAUAGCGUGCAGCUGUCCAGCAACCAGCACUACCAGCUGUCCCAGUUUGCGACCGCGGACGAGUUCACCGACUCGACGCUGCGCGUCAUCACGGCCGAGAAGCGCCAGUACGGCGAGUACAUCUGCCAGGCGACGAACAAGCUGGGCGAUGCGGAGGGCCGCGUCGAGUUUACCGAGUCCGUCAUUCCCGUGUGCCCGCCGGCCUGUGGGCAGGCACGCUACGGCGGCGGCGCUAGUGCGAUUUCCGUCUCGAGCGUCCUGAUGGCGGUGGCCACCGUGCUGACGAUGGUGGCGAUUGCGCAGUACGUGAAGCGAGCGUAAGCCAGCCACCGCAUCCCAGCCGUCGCAUUCCAGGAAGAAGAGAAAAAAAAAACACCGAAGUCGAACCAAAACAGAGGAAAGGGACAGAGCAGGAAGAAGCAUCACAAUCAGGAAAAUGUCUUCAAUCACAAACACCGUUUUGUCGAUGCAUCAAUAUUUGAUGGACGGACGAUAGCCUCAGGACGACCGAUCACCACUUUCCGUCUGUCUCUCUACUGAUCGGGGGAUGAAUUGGAACCAAAUCCGGAUCAUAAAAGCGUUAAAUCGCACACCACAUCUCUCUCUUUGGCACGUUGAGCCAGAUUUAGCACAUCCAGCAGCACAAUCAUUCAUAUACAUCCUCAAAAGCAGAUCGUAAAUGGGAGCGUAAAUAGGGUAUACACUUUUUAAAGGUUGAUUUUUAGGUCUUUUGACGAAUGACGACACCAAUUACUACCUAAAAUAGUGCCUAGCAGUAAACUUUUUCGAACAAUCUUUGUCACUUUGGCCGGGACCACACAUUCUCAAACACAUAUCGAAGCCGGAACAGUACAGACACGGAGGCGAAGAGUAGGAAGAUAAAAUAGCAACUUUUCUUUCGGGAAAUCGGGACAUUGAUCCAGACAAAUGUUUGAGAUAGCGUGUAAGCAAACAAAAAGAGGAAAGUGUGUAGGUAAAUCGUGCAAAACCUUUUUUAAAAUUUAUAUGCUUUAGAGCAUAUUGUAUUUUGUAAAAGAAAUGGAUUCGUAUACAGUAAAAAUACAAACACACACCAAUACAUAAUUGAUUCCCUCCAAGGUAUCUGUGAAGAUGAGAUAGCUCUUGUAGGUGUAGGAACGGGAACAGAAAUCAUUGGCUUUUCCCAAUAUCGAUGGCGCUUGGUUUAAGCGACAAUAUCGAAUGAUGGGGAGGCGAAGUCGAUAAGAAGGCAGUCGUAAAGCUUUCUUUUUCGAAUCGAGUAUAGCGUGAAAAAUAAUGCUGGAAGAGAGAUGAAUGGUUUUAUACGGUGGAUGCAGAUAGAAGAAAAGCAUCCCACAAUCGAAAACAAAUAAUAGAGGCAAGAAAAGUGCUGUAGCUUUUAGUAUCAUCGCGCUUGUGUAUCGUAAACGUUUCCCCCCCAGAAAUUACCUCUAAAUUUUCUUCUAAAAAAACACACACAAAAAAGAAACAAAAUGAGCGGCGCCCUUCCCUAAAUUAGCAAAAAAAAAAACAACAAGAACGAUGCUAAAGUGCUAUAUCCUAUAUACAUACAAAACAUUUGCUAGCGCGCGUUUAUCCGUAAUUUAGUAGUGAGCUGAGAGAGUGAGCAAAAGGCCUGGCAAAACACGAUUUGCGCGUGAGUAGAAAGGGUGCGCAAAGCGCUAAAAGACAAACGCUUAAGCAAAUGGUUUUGUUCCGCUUGUCCGCAGCAGCAGCAUUUUUAGUAGUUUUUUUUUUCUUCUCUUUUUCGCUAUAGUAGUAGUAUCGAAGAAUAUCUUCGCGAUAUAGUAGGGGAAAACCAGCGUGCGCGAAAGAGGGUAGCAAUAACGAACGAACGAACGGAGAAGGAGGAUGGGAGGGGCUGGGCGAGAAACGAUGUAAUAUGAAUGUAAUGCGUGAAAAGCGAACGAUUAACGAAGAACACAAAUAAAUGCGUUUUAAGUUAGAUUUUAAUAAUAAAA